CGCCUGGCCCCGCUGCCGGGCGCGCCCCGCCGGGCCGCCGCGCACUUCGCUUUCCAGCCGGACCCGGCGCCCAGCGAGUACGGGCAAACUCAGAAGAUGAAUCUCUUCCAAUCCAUAACAAGUGCCUUGGACAAUGCUUUAGCCAAAGAUCCAACUGCAGUUGUAUUUGGUGAAGACGUGGCCUUUGGUGGAGUCUUCAGAUGUACAGUUGGCUUGCGAGACAAGUAUGGUAAAGACAGAGUUUUCAACACCCCUUUAUGUGAACAAGGAAUUGUUGGCUUUGGUAUUGGAAUUGCUGUUACUGGUGCUACAGCCAUUGCAGAAAUUCAAUUUGCAGAUUACAUUUUUCCAGCAUUUGAUCAGAUUGUUAAUGAAGCAGCAAAAUAUCGUUACCGCUCUGGAGAUCUGUUCAAUUGUGGAAACCUCACCAUCAGAGCACCCUGGGGCUGUGUGGGUCAUGGUGCAUUAUAUCACUCUCAGAGUCCAGAAGCAUUUUUUGCCCACUGUCCAGGAAUAAAGGUUGUUAUUCCCAGGAGUCCUCUGCAAGCCAAAGGAUUGCUGCUGUCAUGCAUAGAGGACAAAAAUCCAUGCAUAUUCUUUGAACCUAAAAUACUUUACAGAGCUGCAGUGGAACAAGUUCCUGUAGAGCCCUACAACAUUCCACUGUCUCAAGCUGAGGUGCUCCAGACGGGCAGUGAUGUGACAAUGGUUGCUUGGGGCACUCAGGUACAUGUGAUCAAAGAAGUAGCAGCAAUGGCUCAAGAAAAACUUGGUGUGUCCUGUGAAGUUAUUGAUCUGAGGACCAUCUUACCAUGGGAUACAGAGACUGUUUGCAAGUCGGUGGCAAAGACUGGACGAUUGAUGAUUAGCCAUGAGGCUCCCUUGACAGGAGGAUUUGCAUCUGAAAUCAGUUCCACAGUUCAGGAGGAAUGCUUUUUGAAUUUAGAAGCUCCUAUUACAAGAGUAUGUGGCUAUGACACUCCCUUCCCUCACAUCUUUGAGCCUUUCUACAUCCCGGACAAAUGGAAAUGCUAUGAUGCUCUUAGAAGGAUGAUUAACUACUGAGCAGUAGUACAGCACCCAGAGCUGCCCCAGCACUGGAGAGAGGAGAAGAACAACAGGGAAAUACAGAAGCUGCCUUCAAAACUCUUGACAUUUUAAUCAGAUCUUUUGGGUUUGGAAUUUACAUAGCAGACUUUUCUUUUAACUCAGCUGUCCUGAAUAUUCAUCUUGGCUAUUCUUCAGCGAGUUCAAAUUUUCCUUAAUUAUGAAAUCAGUGACAGGCAGGUGAUUGUUACAGUAAGUAGUUUCAGAUGUAUUUAAAGAUAUUCCAGAUGUUGAAUGAAAAUUGCUCAUUGCCAUGCUUCACUAAGUUACAUCUAGACUUCACUGUGUAAAUAUUAGAAGCAGAAUUUUAUUCAAUAAAACAUAUUAUGCUCAUGUUGUCUCUUAGAUUUGCUAUUGUUUUGGAAGAACCCAAGGAAGUUAUUUCAAUGUGACUGUAUUGUCAACACAAUAAACCUUAGACAGCCAGACCAGCUUGUGUGAUGGAGACCUUUAACUGGUGGCAUCAGUGUUUUACUUAAGCAGCUCCAUGCAAAAUAGUCCCUUAAUACCGAUUUCCCUUUCUGCAAGGGGAAGUCCCUUUUUUCUUGAGAAGGGAGGAGAGCUUUUUUUAUUUUUUUGCUGUGAGUGAGAGCCUUAAUUGGUACAUCUUUGCUGCAAUAUCCUUCCUUCUAGAAUUGGAAUGUGUCUGCUACUAAGCAGUUGUGCAAAAAGCAAUUCCUCUUCUUUUUUCCUGCUUUGCUCUCUGCACAAAUCAGUCUCAUGCUGCAUUGCUUCUUAUCAAAUGGGGGAAGAAGUGGGGGCUUUGAGGAGAUGGAUGCCAGUAGCCAGAUAAUCAGAUAGUCACAUUUCUGUGGUUAUUCAGGGGGAUCUUUCCAAAA